AUGUCUCAUAACAAUCUCAUGGGUGAAAUUCCCAAUUUACCAUUCAAGCUUCCUCUCAAACCGUCUAUACUUUUGAAUUCAAACCAAUUUGGGGGUGCAGUUCCGUCUUUUCUGCUACAAGCUUCAGACCUUAUGCUUUCCCAAAAUAAGUUUUCAGAUUUAUUUUCAUUCUUGUGUGACAAAAGUGAAAAUGCAAACUUGGCCACUUUAGAUUUAUCAAUCAAUAAACUAAAGGGACAACUGCCAGAUUGUUGGAAAUCUGUAAACUCAUUAUUGUUUCUUGAUUUAAGCAAUAAUAACUUGUCAGGGAGGAUUCCACCGUCUAUGGGCACACUUGAUAAAUUGGAAGCUUUGGCUUUACGAAACAACAGUUUAAUGGGUGAACUACCUUUCACUUUGAAGAAUUGCAGUAAUUUAAUUAUGUUGGAUGUGGGUGAAAAUUUGUUCUCAGGUCCAAUACCAUCAUGGAUAGGAGAAAAUAUGCAGCAAUUGAUCAUCUUGAGCAUGCGAGGUAAUGGCUUCUCUGGAAAUCUACCUAUUCAUCUAUGUUAUUUAAGGCGUAUUCAACUGUUGGAUCUUUCAAGGAAUAACUUAUCAGAAGGAAUUCCAACAUGCAUAAACAAUUUUACUGCAAUGUCUGAAAAGAGCAUCAACUCAACUGAAACUCGAAGUCAUAUAUAUUGGUACAAUAUCACUUACUAUGCAACUUAUGGUACUUUCAGUUUUGGUGAGUAUGAGUUUAACAUAACGUUGAUGUGGAAAGGAGUGGAACAUGGGUUCAAGGAUCCAGAGAUGAGUCUUAAGAGCAUUGACCUCUCAAGUAAUAAUUUAAAUGGUGAAAUACCAAAAGAGGUUGGAAAUUUGCUUGGCUUAGUUUCUUUGAAUUUAUCAAGAAACAAUUUGAGUGGAGAAAUCCCUUUUGGGAUUGGAAAUUUAAGUUUUUUGGAAUUUCUGGACUUAUCAAGAAAUCAUUUUUCUGGAAAAAUUCCAGCCACUCUUUCCAAAAUUGAUGAUCUUGGUGUGUUGGAUUUAUCAAACAACUCUCUCUGUGGAAGAAUCCCUUUUGGAAGACACUUGCAAACUUUUGGUGCCUCUAGUUUUGAAGGAAAUAUGGAUUUGUGUGGUGAGCAACUUAACAAAACAUGUCCCGAAGAUGAGACAAAGGGAAAACCUCAAGGAUUCGCAAUCCAUGGUAAUGAUGACAAUUUAGCUUUCUAUGAAGCAUUAUAUAUGAGCAUGGGGAUAGGAUUCUUCACUGGUUUUUGGAGCUUAUUAGGGCCAAUACUACUUUGGCGACCUUGGAGAAAUACUUACACAAGGUUCUUGAAUAGAUUGACAGAUUAUAUAUAUGUAAUGGUAGCAGUGAAUAUGGCAAGAUGCCGCAGGUGGCUCAAAGGCUAG